AUGAGUGGACAGAGCAGUGCAGGUCGCCUUGUGGUUGCAGGUUCGGAGCAGGGGCCCCACGAGAAGAAGCUGCUGAACCGGCUGCUGGGCGCCUACAACACGCUGGAGAGGCCCGUCGCCAACGAGUCGGAGCCGCUGGAAGUCAAGUUCGGCCUGACGCUGCAGCAGAUCAUAGACGUGGACGAGAAGAAUCAACUCCUAAUUACAAAUAUUUGGCUUACGUUGGAGUGGGUGGACUACAACCUGCGCUGGAACGAGUCGGAGUACGGCGGCGUCAAGGACCUCAGGAUAACACCCAACAAGAUAUGGCGGCCUGACAUCCUCAUGUACAACAGUGCUGAUGAGGGUUUCGACGGGACCUACCACACCAACGUUGUGGUCAGACAUAACGGUAGCUGCUUGUACGUUCCACCGGGCAUCUUCAAGAGCACAUGCAAGAUAGACAUUACGUGGUUCCCCUUUGAUGACCAACAUUGUGACAUGAAGUUCGGUAGCUGGACCUAUGAUGGCAAUCAGCUCGACCUGGUGCUCAACUCGGAAGAGGGCGGGGACCUCUCCGACUUCAUCACCAACGGCGAGUGGUACCUCAUAGGUAUGCCCGGGAAGAAGAACACGAUCGUGUACCAGUGCUGCCCGGAGCCGUACGUGGACGUGACGUUCACGAUCCAGAUCCGCCGGCGCACGCUGUACUACUUCUUCAACCUGAUCGUGCCGUGCGUGCUCAUCUCGAGCAUGGCGCUGCUGGGCUUCACGCUGCCGCCCGACUCCGGGGAGAAGCUCACGCUAGGGGUCACCAUUCUCCUUUCGUUAACAGUAUUUCUCAACCUAGUGGCGGAAAAGAUGCCCUCUACGUCAGACGCCGUGCCGCUGAUAGGAACAUACUUCAACUGUAUCAUGUUCAUGGUGGCUUCUUCGGUGGUGCUAACGGUCGUCGUGCUCAACUAUCAUCAUCGAACAGCAGAUAUUCACGAGAUGCCGCAGUGGAUCAAGAGCGUGUUCCUGCAGUGGCUGCCGUGGAUCCUCGGGAUGAGUCGGCCGGGUAAGAAGAUCACACGCAAGACCAUCCUCAUGAGCAACCGCAUGAAGGAACUGGAGCUGAAGGAGCGGUCAUCCAAGAGCCUGCUGGCGAACGUGCUGGACAUCGACGACGACUUCCGCCACCACGCGGCUGCGGCGGCAGCGGCCACGCUGGCGGCGAAUAGCGCUCCUGCGCCGACGGGCGGCGGUUACUUGCCGAGAGCGGCCACUGCGGCCACACUGGACGACGCGCCCUGCUCGUCUGCCCAGCGCGAGCUACAAGCUAUCCUGCGGGAGCUGCAGUUUAUCACCGGCCGCAUGCGCAAGGCUGACGAGGAAGCCGAGCUCAUCAGCGACUGGAAGUUCGCCGCCAUGGUCGUCGACCGCUUCUGCCUCAUCAUCUUCACGCUCUUCACCAUCAUCGCGACCGUGGCGGUGCUCCUGUCAGCCCCCCACAUCAUCGUCCAGUAGGUUACCGGCGAGCAACGAGUUCAUUGUCGACGGGAAUGGUUCGUCGAAGACUUCUGUCCCACCACUCAUCACCGGGGCUGCAAGCUACUUACGACGGGUGCUACAUAUCAUAAUGUUCUAGACGUCGGUGAUAGAAGUGCGUUCAGGUCUUCCGCUGACCAAAGUGCAGUGUAAAGACGUACACCUCGCUAUAAAAGCGGCCUCCGCCGCUACGUUAAUUCCUGACUGGCCGCGUCAUUCCUCGUAACUCACCAACAUCUUUCAAACACUUCAACUUCCGUUGUACAAUCAGUGGAAACUGCUGCCAUUUCUGUCUCCAAAAUAAGAACUGUACGCGUGAACGAAGUUGAAUUCGCUAGACCUUAAACUGUUACCAAGCUAUUGUAAAGUACUCUCGUAUGUUCUGAGAUUGUGUUGCACUCACUGGAGGACAAUAGUUACGCAAAGGACGUGUUACAGUAACAGACAACGCGAUCAGUGUCUCAGGACGAAAUCUGCCUAUCAACGGCUCGUCAGCGAUUGUCUGAUGAAUGUUUAUCCCUUCACUCUUGUCUGCAGCCUGUCGCUGGACGAUGCUGUAAUGAGGAAUUGACUAACUCUUCCACUGUCUUCUCCGUCUGCACCGGCGCAAGCCGCGUGCAGACGUAAUAAAGACCUUAUUAGGUCACAAUAUAUUGUUAUUGUUGAUAAUGUUAUUGUUAAAGAACUGCGGCUUAGGUUCGCAGCGUUGAAACUAACGGUGCCGGAAGAACUACAAUAUUACUUUUGCGUAGUCUUCCAGCACAGCUCAAUUAUAUCUUGUUCAACAGAUCCUUUCCGAUUGGUUGAAAGGUGCUCUUUGCAUUGUUCAAUACAUGUUAUCGAAAUCGCGAGAAGGUAUGCAUGAAUUUGUCUCACAAAAAUUGUUUUUAUUUCAUUAGUUUAAAAGGUGCAUAACAAUUUGUAAAUAUCAAGAGAUAUAUUGUAAACUGUAACAAAGUUUUUCCUGUGAUCUGCUCGUCACAAAUUUUUAUAUCUCCGUGAAGCUGACAUUGUCUUGUAUACACGACUAGAAUCAUGGAUAAUAGCUGUAGUUACAGUGUCUGCUAAGAAAGCAGCAGCACACAUAAGAUUUUAUCGAAACGAAUUGUUGAGAAAUAUAAUAUUUAUUAACUGUAUGUCAAACAUAUUUCAUAAGUAAAAGUACACUUUCAUCUAAACAUCACACAGUCUAUCGCCGAAGUGCUUGUCCUUACAUUUCUCUCGACAUUUGGAAAUAAUAUCUGGAAAAUUAAUCAUUUAACGUAUAUCGAAACGAAAUGUUAAUUCACAAAUUCCUUGGUUUUACGGAGCUUAAGAUUAAUAUCUAUUCUGUACAAUGAAAAUGAACUAGAACAGUUGCGUCUUAACUUUUCUGCAUUUUAUGUUGCCAACUGGAAGUUAAUUUUAGGAAAGUAGAGCUCAGCAUAAAACAAAAUGGUACUGGAUAUGAUCCUACGAUGAAAUUCAACAAUAAGCAUAACGGCGUCUAUCAGUUUCAGGUGCAUGGAGUAAAAGAUAUGUGGCGGGUUUCAAAAGCAGCCACAAGCAUACACACUCGACUUGAUUUCAAAGUUGCCACGGAAAUCGAAGAGAGAAGUUGAAGCAUGUCACAUACUGGACGAUAAUAAUCAAUCCGCCAAUGUACAGUUCUUUAGUGAACCAUAUCUGAAAAAUGGGGGCAAACUGAUGGCGGAUAUCAAGUCUUCGCCAAUGUGAAGACGGAUCUACUUGUUCGCUAACUAGGGAGUCUCUCAUUUCUCUGAACAACAAGACUGUUUCUUGGCUCUUUAUUUCACUGAACACUUGCACGACAAUCGCUGUAUCCGCGCCGUAAUUUUAUUUUGUUUGUUGUUUAUUUUCGCUUACUUUCGGUUUCAAAAUAAUAUAAAUCACAGCAUUUACGACCAAACAUUCUAGCAAUAAAUAAUGGGGUUGUCGAGCUAUUUGAUGAGCUGCCUGGCAAAGUACGAUUAAAAAUGAAGCCAUAUGGUCAAUCAGUUAUGGGUCGUAUCAAGAACUGUAAUAAUAACAAUAUCGUAAUAAUAAUAUCUUGCGAACGUUCUAUAUCCCGUUGCAGUAACAGCCAAAAAUCGCAGUCUUGAAUACAACAUUAUUGCUUAUCACUGUCGAGACAAGUGUGAAUAAGUUCAUUACCAAAACAAUUUUGUUCCGAUAAACAUCUAAUGCAUCUACUUGUCUAUGAAUUUCUUGUAGCUUUGGUAUCGAAGCGCUGCGGAUUGGUGACAAAGGAGUUGGUCUGCCACGUACAGUGAAGCAAAAGGUUGAUUCUGGCAGUGGCACACAUACUAUUAUUACCUAAGUAUCAACAGGUUAAAACUCACAUAUACACGAAAUUGGUAUCAAAAUGUUUUCAUCUUCCUCUUCAAAAAAUUGCAAUUUACUUGUUAGACCGCUACUGUUUAAUCUACAGCACAAUGCGCAGUAGUGAGGUGACUAACUACGCGAACCAUGCUGAAUUAACAGUUCUAAUACGCCCUCUCAGUGGGGCAGCACACUGUCAAAGCCCUUCAAUAUUGUAAUUUUAACUGGCUGUUGAUCACUCGGCUGAAUUCCUAUGUUUUCGGAUUGUUUAGAACACAACAUUAUGCGAUCUACGUAACCUUCGGCGUUUCAUUUAUCACCUGUUAUCCGUAACAUGUUUCCUACCUGCUUCUCUGCAGCAAUGUAAAUUGUUUGCUGUCAUACAGAGGCUGCCGAGGUCGGGGAAAAUGCUGACAAAGAAAAAAAUUCUUGUACCCCUGGAUUGCAUCACAAUUUAGUGCUUGUAAAGCGCAUGCUGAAAAGAAAAUAGUGCCGUGGGGGCUUAAUCUACAAAUAAUAAUUAGCUUUUUAUGCUGUUACGAAAGAUUUUGUUAACAGAAGUGGUUUGGCAAAAAACCUGAGGUGCUUACACGUUUUUUAAUACCUAGGAGUGUGUUUCAACCGACGACAGUGGAGAGGAUCUGAAGAGUAACUGCAGGUCACGGAGGGAACAACAGUCGCCGAUCGCUAUUAGCCGCGCUUUGAAGUUCAAUUUAGUGCCGCAACUAUCGUGUUGGCAUUGUACAUCAAAUCAUUCGAAUUUCUUGAACGAUAAAAAAACGAACAUAAAUUAAUAAAAUUUAAAUUAAAUUGAGUUGUUAAACAUGUUUGUAAGCAUCCCGUAUGUUUAUGAAAUUAAACUGUAUGAAUAUAAAGUGUCAUUCCCUAAAAGAUAAUUAUCUCUAUUAUAUAAGUUUGAAGUCUUAAGAGAAACAUUUUUAUAAAACACUGUCAGAAAAGUUCAAACUCAAUUAACUGCUGCGAAAGCAGACUGUUUUAACCGAGCUUCCAAACCCAUGCAACUCACUGAAGGGUUGCAUUGAGUUUGCGAAAUAUGAAAACUAUAAAUGCCGUGACAAGGCAAAAAUAAUGUAUUUUUAAAGAAAUGCCUUUAAUCAACCAAAUAAAUUAUGAUUUAUAAAUUACUGGUUUUUUAGAUAACCGUAUUUUGUACUGCGACGAGGUGUCCUGAAGGUAAUGUGUUCAGAAGACUCACGUAUCAAACGCACAAUAUGUAUGCUGCUAAUUGUUGUAGAGAGUUUGCAAUGUAUACUUUCGUAAGUAGAAGAUAAUACAGAAUUAA